CACAGUCAUGGAAUUCCCUCAGCCACAUCCAGUCAUGGAAUUCCCUCAGCCACAUCCAGACAUGGAAUUCCCUCAGCCACAUCUAGACAUGAUACCGUAAAUAGAGAGACGUCUUCCACAAGCAGAGUUGCCAGGGGUGAUGAGGAAUAUGCUGAAGGGCCACACAGUCAUGGAAUUCCCUCAGGAGCAUCCAGAUGUGAUACUCUAAUGGCCUCCAGGCCAAACAAAGAUCAACUAUCCCGUAUUAAGCCUGAUCUCAUCGAGAGGACAUCAGAAAGUGUACUGAAAGGUCUGCUGUCAAGACUUGAAUCCCAUCGGCCUCCUGUGUUGCACAGUACGGACGUACAACACAUCCUGCAGAAGACCGGUGUGCUGCAGGACCAGGUGACCUCCCUCAUCAACAUGGUGCUGAAUAAGGGAGAUAAAGCCUGUGACGUCAUGCUCCGCCUUCUCAAAGAACUAGAUGAAUACCUCUCUGAAGACCUUGGCCUGUAGGAAGAAAUCAAUACUCUACUGUAUGGUUGGUGUUGGCUAUGAAAUUAGAAAAGAGUUGAAUGUACAGUACUCCAUUCUAUUCGAAUGUUCUCUAAUUCACUCUGAAUUCAUUCUGUAAAACCACUGUUUCUGAAAUACAUGUGGUAUCAUGCUCUGCCUGCUCAAAUAAUUAGAUAACUACUUUUCUUGGCCUAUAGAAUGAAACCUUCCCAUACUCCAUGAUCUCAGGCAUGUCACUGAUGCACAUCAUCCAUCUCCAUUCUAUUAUUGUUCUCUAAUUCACUGAAUUAAUUUAGGAAAACCACAACCUGUUCCUGGAAUGCUGCUGAUUAGUAGCCUACUCAGUAUUAUAAACAAUGUGAUAGAGCUGAAAGGUCUGCUGUCAAGACUUGAAUCCCAUCAGGUGUUGAUCAGUAUUGAAAAAGAAGUCGUCCUGCAGAGGACCAGUGUGCUGCAGGACCAGGUGACCUCCCUCAUCGACAUGGUGCUGAAAAAGAGAGACAAAGCAUGUGGCGUCAUGCUCUCCCUGCUCAAAGAAUUAGAUGGCUUCCUUUCUGAAGACCUUGGCCUGUAGAAAGAAAUCGAUAUUGUCAAUGGGGCAUUUGUGUGGUGCACUGGUUGGUGUGGACUAUGAAAUUAGAGUUGAAUGUCAUCCUCAUUAUACUCCAUUCUAUUAUAUUGUGCUCUAGUUUACUCUGAAUUCAUUCCGUAAUACCCCUGUUUCUGAAAUGUUACUUAACAGGUGUGCCCUGGCACGUUUUAUUGUAAACAAUGUGAUAGAGCUUUUCUGAAAGUGUUUGUGAUAUUUGUGAUAUCUAACCUCAUGUCUCCUUUGACUGCCCCUCUGUUUGUUGUAAAGAGAGGAGUAGAAAUAGAAAUGCAAAGUUUGAGAAAUACAAUGAUUUAAGGCUUAAACUCUGAUGGAUCCUCAAUGCUAAUUAUAUUUUUAUAUCAUAUUCUGUAUGAAACAUCUUGAGUAAAUAUUACCAA